AGUUGUACAACCGAAAUCAACAAGCUUCAGUUGCCUAGAGUAUCGCUUUCAAUGAACUCGGUGCUAUUGUGCUUUUUUCCUACUAAACUGUGUAAAUUCGUUCCAAAAGCACUUUCGCAACUAAAACAAAAACACAAGCUUAAAGGCGACCAAAUGUAACUGAUUUACUGACGAUUACUAAUGAAUACUCACUUCGAAUAUUACAUUAAUAAAUGAUGAUUGAGACAUCUAUAUAUCGUACUAAAUGUGUACCUCUAGUAGUUUUUUCACUACUUAUAAUCGACCAUCGACUGAUCAUUGUGGAUUCUAGAGUUCAAGUACUGCCCAAAGCAAUGGAGAAUAAAUUUUUGACAAGUGAACUUUCCAAGGAAAAACCUGAAGAAAUUAAAAUACCAGCUGAUCUCGAGCAGAUCGUCCGAUUGCCAUCAAACUCUCUACUCAAGUACACAUCCUACAAGGAUGUCGCUAUUUUGCACUUCCGUAUUCCACCGGAUUCUCGGGAUGCUUAUUUUACCUUUAAAGCAUUUGAGGAAUCAAAGAAUGCCUUUCAACGAAAGUGCAAAGUUAAGGACGUUACGUUACACUUGAAGGCAAGCAGCUACCCAGUAAUUAGCCCUGAAAAUAUUACUUUUCCGAAUAACUUUCUCAGUCCUGAGCACAGGUCUAAAGUUUAUAGCCUACAAUUCCAGUCCAAUGAGGUGCAACAACGUAUUCAUAUACAGGGUCCUCACAUAGGUAACUGGUUUGCCGUGGCAUUUGUGAGUUGGACAGAUCCAAAUAAUGAUCGCAUUGAGCAACAAGGCCUCGCUGCAUCAUGUGACACUUUGUUGAUGGCUGAUAUGUCUGUAAGACGCUUCCGCCCGAUUAUUUUAAAUAGUGGUCAAGUAGAUAAUGGCAAUCUAACGAUGUUUGAAAUUCUUAAGGACCCAAAGAGAAAAUCUCGAGCCGACCUGACUAUCGAGCAUCCUGUAAAUGGGAGCGCUCAAAACCAAAGACGUUCUCUGCACGGCACUCAAAAGAAACUAAAACAACUGGGUAAAAGUAAACACCUAUCUGAUGCUCUUAGUACAAAAACCAAAAGAACUGCUCGAUUCCAAAAUUUUACUCAAAAUAACUCAACGUCCGGGUCGAAGCUCCACGACACUGACAGAAGCACCGAAGCCCCAACUGGCAACAAUGAAACUACUUACAAAUUCUUUGUGCCUGACGACGUUGGUAUUGCCACGGCACGUAUCUCGUUCGUAGAAGAGUGCGUACACUGUCCAGACGUUGGAUUUUAUGUUCAAGCAAAUGCAUACCCUCAGGAAAGUCUUUUUAGCGAGGCCGAACACAACAAUAUUCAUGGUACGGUGAUCCGUCCAAAUCAGACGAAGGAAAUCUCAAUUCAGUUUUGUGUGCAGCCGAACACAUGGCACUAUGCCAAGCUAAAAUUUGUUAGGAAAGAUGAAGAAAUUAAGACGGGAAAAGAAGGAGACGCAGAAACCGAUCUCUUUUUAGAAUCAGAGCGUCGUUUGUUGGAAAAGCUUAUUGGUAUACCAAAAUUGGAUCUGCCGGAACAAAAUUUAUCGUAUGCCAUGCAAAUCGAUUUUAAUUUCCCAGAGCCUAUCAGUGCGCAAGAUGAUAACGAAACCAACAUAUUUCACCCUUGGACGCCGACGCGCUUUCUUAAUAUGAAUUUUUACUCACUGCUGCGACAAACAUAUCGCGAGUUCUUUAUGUUUGAUUAUGAUCUCAAGCCAGAUGAAAAUGGCACCGUCCCGGCCGUCCUUAACUUAACGACAGACUCUGCUUCAGGAUUCUCAUUUGAUCUUGGCGAAGUUAAUGAUAUUGGAGGCACACUGACAUUCGCCGUGUCCAUGAAGCAUGCUCUCCAUACUAAUACCGAUAUAAAGAUGCCUCCCCCCGUUCUUUCGCCAGCCUCCGAGCGUGACGGCAUACUAGCUGAAAAACUGAUAAGCGAUUUAGAAGACACUGUCCUGGCAAAAGACCAAAUACGGAUCAAAUCCAACAAUCACAGCAUACAUAUUGUUGUUUGUAUGCAAUUGGGAGAGCCCGGAGUUCCCACAUGGCCGGACAAAUGCCGGUACGGGCAGCGUCUGAGAAACGCCUCAAAGAUAGUGAACAACACGGAUAGCGUUGGUCUAAUUCAUGUUCCCUUUCCUGAAGGUGGACGAUGGUAUGUGACCAUGGGACUCUACUGCCAUGGAGCAGAAACGUCACGUGGUACAAUAAACGAUAGUAUCAGGAAAUUCGUUGGUCAUCAUAAAAACCUCCUGAAGGAAAUGCGCUCUCCGUGUCCCUGUGCUGGUGUUGCUAACGAAUACGCUGCCUGUAUAAAAUCGCCAGAGUGCUUGGCUGGCAUGAAUGAAACGGAGAUUUUAAAAUGGAAGGAGUGCAUGAUGGAUUAUCAAUGCACUUCCAACUACGACGACAUGGCUCGCCUAUAUGAGAUACAUCACAAAACUGCGACGGAGGAACCGUUUGCAGUCAAUGACUGUAACACGUCAGUGGUAUUUUCCGUGUCAUCGAGUCCUUGCGUGGCAGGACGUUGCGGUCAAUUUGGCCGCUGUUAUCACUACAUGUCCGGCGGCUUUGUUUUUUCCACAUGCGUAUGCAUGAAGGGAUAUCGGGGUUGGGACUGUACAGAAGAUUCUCAGGUUCCUACUAAUAUGUCUAUCCUACUGGCAACCUUGCUACUAACUUUAAGUAACUUGAUCUUCUUUCCGAGCAUUUACGUCGCUCUGAGUCGCCGCUUCUUUACAGAAGGCGUAAUUUAUUUUUUUGCAAUGUUCUUUUCUGCUUUCUAUCAUGCCUGCGACUCGGGUGAGGAGGAAUAUAGCUUUUGCCUGGUAAAAAUUGGUGUGUUACAGUUUUGCGAUUUCUAUUGCGGACUUUUGGCUAUCUGGGUAACUCUUGUGGCUAUGGCCGACAUCCGACAACAGCUUGCUGCACCUUUGCAUAUGUUUGGUGCUAUUUUACUAGCAUUUGGAACUGAGCUCAAUAAACAGAGCCUAUGGGUCUUUCUCGCACCAGCACUGACUGGAAUCUGCAUUAUUUCGACCAGCUGGGGCAUUCGCUGUGGCCAAACUCGCAAAAUGUACCCGACUCGUCGCUACUUGACAGUUUGGCUGCCUUUUGGCAUUUGCCUUGUCUGUGUAGGCUUGGUGUGUUAUGCUUUUCUGCAAACCAAACAAAACUAUCACAUUAUUCAUUCAAUCUGGCAUGUAGUUAUGGCACUGAGCAUUUUAUGUUUACUGCCUUCACGAAAAUCCUGUUCGGCGAAAUGCUAGUAUUUUGAGACUACCUGGCUUAGACUAAUUAAUUAAAGAUAGAUAGAAAUGUAUAUACUUAGAGGUAAUAAGUCCCAAAUGAACUUGAAA